AUGGCUACUGAUUUUCUCUUGAAUCUGGCAUCCGGGGUCAUUGGGUACACAGUCGGCCCGAUUGCUCGUCAAGUCGGAUAUGCAUUGCUGUCUGAGAGCUACAUGAACGACCUGCAAGAUAAAGCUCACCGGAUCGGUGAUACUGAACAAGAGAUCCAACAUAACAUUGAAGAGGCUCGCACGACCGAGGCGGGGAACUUGGUCGAGCGCAAGGUCUUGAGGUGGUCCGCAACAGCAGCCGAGCUCAAGCGGGAGGCGGAGAAGCUGAUUGAACGGAAGGAAGAAGAAAGCUGCUGUUCGGUCGGAAGGCAAAGCGCACGGCGCUUGCCAUUCAAGAUCAUUGCAACUGAUGCGAGCAGCUUCGGAAGAAUUACUUACCGCCCCUCACAGCAAGAAGGCAUUACCCCCGCAUCGUCCUCUCAAAGCAUCGUUCAUCUCCAGUCAAGGGAUUCAAUGUUACAGGAGAUCAUGCAAGCUUUGGCGGAUGAUACUGUGAGCAGGAUUGGCGUGCAUGGUGUGGGUGGGGUCGGCAAGACCACCCUGUUGUCUCAAGUUGAAAAACAAGCCAGGGCAUCGAAGGAAUACGUCGAAGUUGUGGCAGCACUUGUGUCGCAAAACCCGGAACUGAAGAAAAUCCAGGGGAAGAUCCAUGAGACAAUUGAAAGGGUCCGGAUAAAAGCGCAGCAGGAGAAUGAUAAGAAAAAUGACAAAGAGCAAGAGCCCAAAACGAUGAGGGUGGUCAUAAUUCUAGACGAUCUCUGGAAGAAACUUGACUUGGAGGAGAUAGGAAUUAAGGAGAUGAAAGAUGACAUUAAAGUCAAGUUAGUAAUGACUUCUAGAUAUCGUCACGUGCUUGCUGAUGAAAUGCACUGUCGGCAGGUUUUCCAUCUCGAGAAACUGAAGAAUGAAGAAGCCUUGAAACUGUUCGCAAACACAGCGGGCAACAAACUUAGUGACCCCCUCUUCAAGCACACAGCAGAGGAGCUAGCCAAGAAAUGUGAAGGCUUGCCUCUUCUGAUCGAUGCGCUGGCAAAAGUGUUGCAGAAUAGUGAUUCGCCAAAAGACUGGGAGGAUGCAUUAGAACAGCUCAAAAAUUCUGACAGCGUACACAAAGCCCUGGAGCUGAGUUUCAGGCAUUUAGUCGACAGCCAGGUCAAGUUGCUGUCCAUAAUCUCAGGUGUUGAUGUAAGAGAAGGCAUUUCGGAUGAAGCUUUGCUGAGGUAUGGUGUCGGCUUAGGCCUAUUGGCAGGCAGCACCCACACCAUGGAAGCAGCUAGAGGUAGAAUGCGAGAGAGUCUCGAUGGUCUUCGAGCUACUUCAUUGCUGCUUGAUUGUGGUGAUAACUGUGUCAAGGUUCAUGAUGUGGUUCGGGAAGCCGUCGUUAGCAUUGCUGCCCGAAAUCAAUAUGCUUUGGUGUUGAAGAACAAAAAGAUCUGGAAGAGUCGGACGUCAAGCUAUGUGAAAGCAAGGAGAUCUUCCUUCCUUAUCCUGAUAUCCGGGAGUUGCCCUGUAUAUGGGAAUGUUCAGAAUUGGAGAUACUUGUCCUGUUUGCACAAGAAGACCGUCUCCUGCAGGUCCCAUAUUUGUUCUUCACAAUAAUGCCAAAACUUAAGGUCUUGCAUUUCGCCCGUGCAUGUUUCAAGCCCUUACCAUCAUCAAUCCGACACCUGAAAAACUUGCAAACGUUAUGUCUUGAAUACUGUGAUCUGGAGGAUGUCAGAUUUGUCAGGGAGCUUAAAAACCUCCAAGUGCUCAGCUUCAUGG